ACUUUCACUUCCUUAAUUAAAGAAAAAUAAAUAAAUGCACAAGCAGAGAAGAUGUAGCAAACUAUAGCAUCGGAGAUUUGGGAGAGUACAGAGGGUUUUCGUAGGCUUAGAAGGAAGUCCCCUUUACGUGACUGCUUGGGUUUAUCUCCGUCUUUGAUCAUGUGGUGUCUCCGUCGAGCAGCUCACCCUUUCAAGAAGCAAGGUUACUGCCUUGAGGCUUCAAGGAUUUUUGGUUCAAAAUCGAACACUUCAAGUAAUGUGAGAGGCGAUGGAGGUAGUAUAUGUUGUCCUGCACAAUCAAUUUCUCCUAAACUCCUUUCGGUAAAGUUGUUUCACCUCACUCCAGUUCUUGAUAGAAUCUUUGUGGGUAGUCAUAGUCUUUGUUCACUUGCGGAUGAAUGUAGCGGUGGGAAAACCCUUGUGGAAGAUAAAUUUCUGGAACCUGAAACAACUGCAACAGUCGAUGUAAUUGUGGGCAGUAAUGCCGAGGAAGAAGGUGGGGAAGUUUUAGCUUCAGAAACAGUGCUUUUGGAUGAUGAUUUUUCAGAUACUGAAAAAGGUGAGGGUGGUGAGGACUCUCACAAGAAAAAGGCUUAUUUAGAGUUGUGCAAGGCUAUAAUGGAUAGUCCAAGCCAAUCUGUUGCCAGUAUUCUUGAUAAGUGGGUUGAGGAAGGGAAUGAUUUGGAACAACUCAGGAUUUCUGGGGUUAUGAUUAGCCUUCGGAGGCGUCGGAUGUAUAGCAAGGCAUUACAGUUCUCAGAGUGGUUGGAGACCGCUAAGCAAGUUGCUUUUACUGAACAAGAUUAUGCUGCUCGCCUUGAUUUGAUUGUUAAAGUUAAAGGUAUCCAAAAGGCAGAGAAGUACAUUGAGAGAAUCCCAACGUCGUCUAAAGGGGAAUUAGUAUACCGAACCCUCCUAGCUGGCUGUGUCCAUCUUGUUGACAUGAACAAAGCAGAAACAGUGUUUGAGAAAAUGAGGGAGCUGGAGUUGCCAAUCACGGUCUCUGCUUUCAAUCAAAUGAUAAUUCUCUACAAGAGGCUUGACAAGAGAAAGAUAGCUGAUGUAUUGUCUUUAAUGGAGAAAGAAAAUGUCAAGCCAUCGCUUCUUACAUACAAGCUCUUAAUAGACAUCAAAGGUGAGUCAGGUGACAUUGUAGGAAUGGAGCAAUUGUUUGAGACUAUGAAGGCUGAAGGAGUAUCACCCGACAUCCAUGUUUUAACUGUCUUGGCUAAACAUUAUAUAUCUGGGGGAUUGAAACAUAAAGCUCAAAAUGUCUUGAAGGAAAUUGGAGAGGAAAAGCUGAAGGGAAGUUUUGGGGCUCGCACAGCGCUGCUUGGUCUCUAUGCUUCUCUUGACAAUUCUGACGAGGUGGCUAGAAUUUGGAAGGAAUGCGAAUUGGAUCCCAGGAUGAGUGAGUGCAUUGCAGCUAUAGAAGCUUGGGGCAAGCUGGGAAAAGUUGAGGAGGCAGAAGCAGUCUUUGAAAUAAUGCUUCAGAAGUGGAAGAGACUCUCUUCAAGGCAGUACUGUGCACUUUUGAAAGUUUAUGUUGACCAAAAGCUUGUGACAAAGGGGAAGGAAUUUGUGAAGCGGAUGGAAGAUAGUGGGUGCUGGGUUAGCCCUUUGGCUUGGGACGCAUUGGUGAGACUCUUUUUGGUAGCUGGGGAACUGGAGAAAGCUGACUCCAUUUUGCACAAGGCAACUCAGCAGAACCGGGAUAGGGCAUCAUUCAGAACGUACCUGGUUGUCAUGGAAGAGUACGCAAAGCGGGGUGAUAUACAUAAUGCUGAGAAAUUGUUCCACAGAAUGAAGCAGUGGGGGUAUACCCGCCGCCUCAAGCCUUUUGAUAUUCUGAUUCAGGCAUAUAUCAAUGCCAAAGUUCCUGCAUACGGGUUUCUAGAGAGGAUGAAAGCAGAGAACAUAUUUCCAAACAAAGCAUUUUCCUUACAGUUGGCCCAAGCUGAUCCGUUCAGGAAGAACAGGGCAUUGGAUUUGCUUGAUCUAUAAAGGAGUUCCUUACUUGAAGAUCUGCCGGAGACGGAAACUAUAGAUGAGUCAUUUACUUUUCUCCUGUAUACCAAUGUGGUGUAUUGUCUGGGGACCAUCUAGAUUCACAUGGUGUGCGGACCGAUGUUAAUGAUACUGUGGGAAGGUCAAUGCAUCUCAAAAGAAAUGCCUUUUCUUCAUUAAUGGUGUUAAUUAUACUGUGGGAAGGUCAAUGCAUCUCAAAAGAAAUGCCUUUUCUUCAUUAAUGGUGUUAAUGAUACUGUGGGAAGGUCAAUGCAUCUCAAAAGAAAUGCCUUUUCUUCAUUAAUGGGGUGGGAUAAUCGAGACACAACUGCUGUGCAUAUUCCAUGCAACUCAGAUCAAAUAGACUGUCCACCUGUAAAGGUUAGAUUUUUCCUUUUGCUGGGUGAAGUGCUAAUGUAUCAAUUGACAUUGGUGUUUGUAACAAAAUCUGGACCAACAUGCAUGGUUUAUGUUUGGAACUAUCAAGUGGUCUGGUUCCAGUCAUGGACUGUUGGUCUGCAGACAAGCCUGAUUAGCGAAGAAUGUAUGUGCCUUCAUCUAUUGAAGAAAAUGCAUAUUGAAUGUACUUCAAAGAUGGUAUUAGCUUUGCAAUACUAAGUUUUUCUUCUGGUAUUGCUGAGGUAUGUUGAUGAUUGGAUAGCUGAAAGUUCAAGUUUUCUGCCUAUUUGCUUGACUUUAUUGUUCCCUUCAACAUUAGUAGCACGUAAACUCUCUUUAUUCUGUUUCAGACAUCAAAACCCAUAAAUUUGCAUGGUUAAAAA